AUGGUCCCGAUUGUCAGAAAUGGCAAUAAAAUCACAUGGAAAUUCGAGAAUACUCUUGAUUUUUCUGGAAAUGGAAAAUAUAGUUCGCAAUAUCUGAUGGAUGGUUUAAGAUGGUGAGGAUGUUUUCGGGAAAACUUCGAUUAGAGACAACGGGAUUUUUUGUCUAGAUUCUCUCUGUUUUAUGUUGUCUCUAAUCAAAAUAUUUUGUUUUUCGAUAUUUUCUGACUCUACUCAGGCAAAUCGUCCCACCGGUGUAACACCAAAUCUCCACUAACUCAACACCUUCUCUUCAUUAAUCCCACCGGUGGUCACAAAUUUGAUAAUAGCACCGGUGUACCACCACCUUAACACUCGCUUAACACCGUUUGAACACCGUCUGAACACCAAAAAGAGGUGUUCCACCGGUGUUUUUGUUUAUUUUUCCCACCGGUUUCCCACCGGUGGGCCCACCGGUGGGACGAUUUGCCUGAGUAAUUAAUGAACUAAUUAAUUAAGGUAUAUCAAUGCCAAAGAGAAAACUAUUUCUGGAUUGAAAUAUCUCGAAGUUUCACUCAUCAAUUGGGAUAGAAAAUCGAAUCAAUUUGCCGAAUUUUCCUCAAAAUUCAGAAUUAUCGAUGAAAAUGACAAGGAAUUAUACAACUCGACGUUUUCAAGUUUCCCAGCUUCAGUAAAAUUGUCUGAUUUUACAAGCGACGUUUCGAAACUUGGAAGAUUCACCUUUGAAUGUGAAUUCAAUUAUAAAUUCUACAAUUUUGCGAAAUCUUCUGAUAAUUUUAAUUAUUCUGAUGGAAUUUUCAAGAUUGGAAAAGUUGAAUUUCAUGUUAACAAAGGAGUAAGUUCGCUAGAAAACUUUCAUCAAAGAAUUAUAUAUUUUCAGUAUUUUUCCGCGUUUUCCAAGAUUUUCUUCGAAAAAUUCUACAAAAAUAACGAGAAAACAAUCGAUAUCUGUGACGUGGAAGAUGAGGAUUUUGUUCAAUUAUUGUCAGCGAUCGUUCCAGAUCCAGUUAAAAUUAACUGUAAGUUUCAAAAUAUUUUUGUCCUUCGAAAGAAAAACCUGAAAAUUCCAGCUGAAAAUUAUUCCAUUCUUUAUGAUUUAUCGGAAAAAUUCGAAAUCGAUUCGUUAACCAAAAAAUGUCAGAAAUAUUUCAAGCAUAAUCAAUGUGCUGAAAUCAUUGGAAAAAUAAAGAAUGCCGAGCAAAAUCAAGAGGUAUCCAAGUUUUCUUUCCAAUAUUAUUCAAAACAAUUGUGACUUUCAGCCGAUUUUUCUUCUGGAUGAUGUGAAACGGGCUAAAGAACUUAAAAUUCUUAUGGAAUCCGAAGACUACAAGAAUUUUAAAGAAUCCACCAAGGCUACAUUUGCAAGUGCCGCUUUUAAAUUUCUCUAG